AGGAAUCUUCUGUUACUUGUUCAAGGUACUGACAAAGACAAUGCAUUAUUCUUAUUAAAAGACCGGAAACAAAGGUGCAGUUUUCCUGUACUAAUUGCAGAGGACAUGAUAGCCUAUAAUAUAUUUUGAUGCAAAAGUUUGUAUAAUUUCAAUGCCUUUCGACAUGAAAAUUCCGAGGUACGAUGUAUUUCCUUGUAAUUUGUUGGCUUUGUAUUACAACUAAAUAACAUCAAAUCCAAGGUUUACUGACACCAAAUCAGCCAAACCAGAAAUUAGGAGGUAGAACACAUGAUCAUUAAAAUUGAGUUUAAUAAAAGUGUCAUUGGUUUGCUUCAACUUAAAGACUUCACAUGAAUAGGUGGCCAGAUCCAAUCAAUUGUGAGGCAUGUGUCUCAUGGUGAUCCAUAAGAACUCUGGUUGCCAUAGAUACAAGACAAUGGUGGGUAGAAAUAUGAUUUAAUAUAUAGCCCAAUCCAAUCCUUUCCCAUAAAAUUAGUUUAACGAUAUUAUAAAAAAUGACCACUUACACAUUGUUAUACAAUUAAGAAAGAAAAUUUCAAAGUAGCUAGCAGGAAACUUCACCAGCUGUGCUUUUAUCUGUACCCAAUUUGUUUCAUUUGCCAGUCAAGUCUAAAUUUCCAGUAAACCCUGUCCUUUUCUUCCAACAAACACAAUUCAAUUUGGCAAGAAAAGUUUCAUGGGGAGGACUGGAUUGUUUGAUCUUGAAAGGCACUUUGCCUUUUAUGGAGCAUAUCACAGCAACCCAGUUAACAUUUUGAUACACACUUUCUUUGUGUGGCCAUUAUUCUUCACUGCUGCCGUUCUUCUCCAUUUCACACCUUCUCUCUACAAUUUCCCAUCUGGGAUUAGUGAACAUGGUCUUGAAUUGAAUUUUGGGUUUGUUUUUACUUUGAUGUAUGCUGUUUUUUAUGUUUGCUUGGAUAAGAAAGCAGGGCCCCUGGCAGCUUUGCUCUGCUUUCUCUGUUGGGUUGGAGCCAGUUUUCUUGCUGGUGGACUUGGGUUUUCCAGGUCAUGGAAGCUUGUUCUGGCUGCUCAGUUGUUUUGCUGGACUGGACAGUUCAUAGGCCAUGGGAUAUUUGAGAAAAGAGCACCGGCUAUUUCAGACAACUUUGUUCAAGCACUUCUAAUGGGGCCUUACUUUGUGCUGCUUGAGCUUCUUCAAUCAGCCUUUGGCUAUGAACCUUAUCCAGGUUUCCAUGCAAGUGUGCAAAAACAGAUUGAAGCUGAUAUCAAAGAGUGGAAGGCCAAGAACCAAAAGAAACUAACAUGAAUGAACUACUUUAAUUUGAAUUGAUAUUUAUGAAUGUACUGGAAUGCAACUUGCAUUUUGUCUUGUCAGAUGUUUUGUUUGUUUCUUGGGAUGUCUGCUUUUUUCGUUGGAUUAUUUCUAUUGGUCGAUCCAGUUCAUCUGCAAAUGUCUACUUUUUUUUUUUUUGGGUUAGAUUAUUUCUAAUGGUCUACCCAGUUUAUCUGCAAAUGCAACUUUUAGAAAGGAAUCUUUGUUCAAGGCAAUGAUA